CUUGCAUUCGAAGUUUCAACUGCGAACUUCGUACCUUCGUCGACGAUAUAAAGAAGAAAUCUGCAAUGGCGUGGUAGAGCAGCUCUCGUACUCUCAGAUUCAGGACACAGACCACUCUGCCCGAAUUGAAUUUCGGAGGUUUUAACUAUGGAGGAGGAGCAAGUGCGCCGGGAAGCCGAUCCAGAGCCGCGGGGUUUCGAUAGAGAUCGGCACGUAUUGUUUAUGGAGAUGAUGUAUCAGCUGUUGCCGUCGCCGUAUGAGGAUCAAGAGAUCAACCGUCUCACUCUCGCCUACUUCACUGUAUCUGGCCUCGACAUCCUACGCGCUCUCCAUCGAGUGGACAAAGAAGUCGUUAUUAAUUGGGUUUUAUCACUACAAGCUCGUCCGAAAAAUGAGGAUACAUUGGAAAAGGGGCAAUUUUAUGGAUUUCAUGGUUCCAGAAGCUCCCAGUACCAAUCUAACAACAAUGGGGCAGCAAUCCAUAAUGGCAGUCACCUGGCAAGCACAUAUUGUGCUUUGGCUAUACUAAAGACUGUUGGCUAUGAUUUAUCGUUAAUUGACUCUGAAUUACUACUGAAAUCAAUGAAAUGCCUCCAGCAGCCGAAUGGAUGUUUUAUGCCAAUUCAUACUGGUGGAGAGAGAGAUCUUCGCUUCGUGUUUUGUGCAGCGGCCAUUUGCUCCAUUUUAAAGAAUUGGAAUGGUAUGGAUCGGGAAAAAGCUAAAGAUUAUAUAGUAUCUUGUCAGUCGUACGACGGUGGUUUUGGAUUGCUUCCAGGUUCAGAAUCUCAUGGCGGUGCCACUUACUGUGCUGUUGCAUCUCUUAAACUGAUGGGAUUCAUGGAGGAGGAUGCACUCGUUGAAGAUACUUCCUGUCACAUCAUCGACGUGCCAUUGCUUCUGGAUUGGUGCUUGCAGAGGCAAGCGCAAGAUGGUGGCUUUCAAGGUAGACCCAACAAGCCAUCCGAUACUUGUUAUGCCUUUUGGAUUGGAGGAGUCUUAAGAAUCCUACGAGCAGAUAAAUUCAUCAACGAGCGAGCAUUACGCGGAUAUUUGUUAACUUGUCAAUCUAAGUACGGCGGUUUCAGUAAAUUCCCGGGAUUAUUUCCCGACCUUUACCACUCCUAUUACGGGCUCUGCGCUUUCAGUCUUCUUAAUGAACCGAGCCUCCAGUCUGUACAUUUCGAACUCGGUUUAACCGAUGCUGCUGCCGUCGGGCUCUUAACUCUUCCCUAAUCCUCUCUACACAUUCAAUUUGUGCAUUUCUUGUGUUCCAGGUAUGAUUUCAAUUUCCAUUGAUAUAAAUUAAUUGUCAAGUUAUGAUCUAUUACCUUGAAUAUUAUUUGGAUUAUUAUUGUUUUGAUUCUGUUUUCGGGUUUAGUUUUUUCGAAUCGUAUCGAAUAAUGCUGGUAUGCUUUAAA